ACCGCGUUCAGACCACCAGCCCGACAAGCAGCUACCUAGUCCCCACGCACACGCUCGGAUCCGCCGCCGCUCCCCCGCCGCGACGCAGAUGAGCACCGCCUCCGCCGACGGCGGGGACGCCGGAGACGGCGCCUCCUCCGCCGCGCCCGCGCCCGCGGGCAGGCGGAUCCCGCCGGCCUCGUCCAUGCCGUGGGUCCGCAACCUCCGCCGCUUCGUCGGCACGGGCGCCGGCCUCGGAUCCGAGGCCCUCAUGGAAUUGGAAACAAAAAGGAUAUUGCUUGAGAUUUUCAAGGAGCGGCAGCGAAAGAGUGCUGAAGCGGGUUCCAUCCCAAGUUUUUACAAGAAGAAACCUGAAGAUGGAUCUAUUAGCAAUAGGGUUCAAAGGUUGGCAAAAUACAGGUUUCUAAAGAAACAAUCAGAACUUCUACUUAAUGCUGAUGAUCUUGAUGCCAUGUGGGUUUGUCUCAGAGAAAACUGUGUUAUUGAUGAUGCCACUGGCGCUGAAAAGAUGAAUUAUGAAGAUUUCUGCCAUAUUGCCACAGUGUGCACAGAGCAGAUUGGCCAGAAAUGCAAACGCUUCUUUAGCCCUUCAAACUUCAUGAAGUUCGAAAAGGAUGAUUCUGGGAGAAUUGCAAUCUUACCGUUCUAUCUUUAUGUUAUGCGAACAGUUUCUCUUACUCAAGCAAGAAUUGACAUGAGUGAACUUGAUGAAGAUUCUGAUGGUUUCCUCCAACCUCAUGAAAUGGAAGCAUAUAUCAGAGGGCUUAUUCCCAAUUUGGCACAAUUGCGUGACAUGCCAUCAGCGUUUGUUCAGAUGUACUGCCGCAUAGCUGCACGGAAAUUCUUUUUCUUCUGCGAUCCACACAGACGAGGGAAAGCAUGCAUAAAGAAAGUAUUGUUGAGCAAUUGUCUUCAAGAACUAAUGGAAUUGCAUCAGUAUCCUAUUGACUCUUACAACUAUCUUCAGGAGAGUGAGGAAGAGGUAACUGAUACUGAGCAGGCUGAAAAUUGGUUUUCCUUGACUUCAGCUCAGCGCAUAUGUGAUAUGUUUCUUGCACUAGAUAAAGAUACAAAUGGCACAUUGAGCAAACAAGAACUUAAGGAAUAUGCUGAUGGCACACUAACAGAGAUCUUCAUUGAAAGAGUUUUUGAUGAACAUGUACGCCGGAGCAAAGUUGGAGGUGGCAACAGUCGUGAAAUGGAUUUCGAAAGCUUUCUUGACUUUGUCUUGGCUCUUGAAAACAAAGAUACUCCUGAAGGACUGACAUACUUAUUUAGAUGCCUUGAUCUUAACGGAAGGGGAUUUCUGACAACUGCUGAUAUCCAUACUCUGUUUAGAGACGUACACCAGAAAUGGAUCGAGGGUGGGAACUAUGAGCUUUGCAUCGAAGACGUGAGGGAUGAAAUCUGGGACAUGGUGAAACCAGCGGAUCCUCUCAGGAUUGCGCUCACAGAUCUCCUUUCCUGCAAGCAAGGUGGGACUAUCGCCAGCAUGCUUAUCGACGUUCGCGGCUUCUGGGCCCAUGACAACAGAGAGAACCUCCUACAGGAAGAGGAAGAACAAGUGGAAGAGGCUUGAGUGAGUAUGAGUUGUCCAGCUGCGAAGUAACAUGUUAUGGCGCUUCACGGUCUCAAGGCACGGGCAGUCAUAUGUUCCGUGCUGUAUGUGUUAUUGUAGCCUAUGUAGUUGUACUAGAGCUGUUGUAACUUGUAAGUGUGCCAUUUAUGUAAGUGUGUCUAAAUCUGAGAGAAUACGAGUUUAACCGUGGAGCAAUCGUGCCGGCUAACUGUGUAUCGUAGAGCUUUUGUUUGAACGCUGAAAGCUAAGUAUGUGAAGUAUUUACUUAAAACGAUAUUUUCCGAUGAC